AUGGCUCCACAGUCCAGUGAGAGCAAGCCUAUGUACCAGAAGGACGAAAAGGCCCUCUGCUUUCAUGGUGAACUUCUGUACGAAGCAAAGGUCCUCGAAAUCAAACGACAGGAUCCCAAGGACAAGAAUAGUCAUUAUGAAUAUUAUGUCCAUUACAAAGGAUGGAAGAACACCUGGGACGACUGGGUGUCACAGGAUCGAUUACGCAAACUCACAGACGAUAACCGCGAGCUUGCAGCAAACCUCCGCCGAGAAGCCGUUGCUCAGAAUGCCCCAAAGCCCGUGACAAAAUCCCUAGGGAAAACCAGACGGGGUCAAGGUUCUGAACUCGGUUCCGGAAGAGGCAGUGAGGAACGUACAUCCUCCAUCCCUACCGGAGGAGCCAGAGGUUCAAAGCGUGCGCGGGAUAACGAUAUUGAAAAGGUUGGUGGACCCUAUCAAUUCCCGACCCCCUGGAAUCACAUCUCUGGGAUUUUGGAUGAGGCUAGCGACCAGGACGACGUGGGGCCCCCUGUGCUCACCAAACCGAGGCGUCCUAUCAAGACCACAUUGACUGUCAAGCCAGAAGGCAUGGCGAAGGACAAAGCACAAGACUCUGUGCCCAAUAAGCGUCUGGAUCUCUCAUCAUUCAUCCAUGUGCCUAGAAAGGCAGCUGUCAAAGCGUCUGGAGUGCUAUCAUCUGCCGGUUCGAUGGGUCCUCCCGCUUCAGGUCUGCAGACCAGGGCUCGCAAGCCCAAAGAAUAUAAGGGCUCAGCCAAGCAACUGAGUAGUGAAGACAACAUAAUGACUCCUGCUCUAAAACGUGCAAAACGCGCCGAGAACCCUUCGAUCACGAAACCCAACGAUGAAAAGCGGAUCCCAGAAUCUUUUCCGUCUACAUUUAUGUCUCCCUCACCACUGAAUCAAGGUCCACAAAAAGGAUCUCCAUCAAUCACCACUUCCACCGUCAAAAGUUCUCAUGGCAACGUGUCGAAGAGAAGACGCGUCGGCACCUCUAGAGACAAUUCAGCAUCAACCUCUACUCGACGGCGCACAAUGGCUGAUCCACAUGCCAGAGACGAGGCAUACUGGACUGCAGAGAGACAGCAGCAAAUGCAAACUGAGUUAGUCGAUGAGAUCCUCGCCCGCCCGGCCCCUCCUGAUGAACCAGAACAAUUCAGUAAGAAUACGGCACGACAGCGAGACAAGCAGCAUUUUGCUCCACUCAUCGGUAGUACUACAAUGCAGGAGAAAGCGAUGAUCGAGGAUGAGCUCGGGGAGGCUGGCAAUUUCAACAAGAAGUUAUUCUAUCAGGGCGUUGCUCCCGACCGACUCCAUGAGAUCGCUGUUGUCGACGCAGAUCCUCUUGUCAUCGACCCACCAGGGAGUGGUGGUCCUUUCGACGCGCUCAAGUUCCCAGACCGCCUCGUCCAGCAAUUGAACCGUGACGAUGCCGACACAUUGAUCGGUUGGGAUGAGACGGCCUUACUGAAGAUCCCGAAGAAAUUGAUGGAAGAACUGCACCCACACAUUCUGGCGAAGAUGCCCUUCAAUGUACUUUUGAAGCUACCCUUUACCAUUCAGGAGAAGUUGCCGAACAAUCACCCUUUCUUCGGAGAGCAAAGCAGACGCGAGGAAGAAGCCGCUGCUGCUCGAAGUGCAGCUCCCCGUCCUGCUCGCGUUCUGAGAAGCAGCACUCCUGCAACAUCAAGCAAUGCCAAUCCACCUCCGAUGGGAAACUCAGUGUUGCAAUCAACGAAUGCUAGAUCGACAAUGUCAACUAUGAGCCAGUCCUCGAUCUUCCAGCCUCUUGUCGGUGACGAAAAUCUGCCUCCCGGCGGCUUGCUUGAAUCAGCAGGCAACACACCACCAACCACCUUUGUUAAUGAUCAACUGGAAGACGAAGGUCCAUGCACUACCUGUGCCGCGAUGGGCAUCAAUUGUAACAGACAGAAGCCGAUCUGCCAUUGCCGUACCCAGCUGUUUGAUCGUGAUGGCAAUUUCAUUACCCCUGGACUGGACAUAUUUACUUACACUGGAACAUCUUUACAGGAAGAAAAUUACCAAAAUCGACCAUCGAUUCGGAUCUCUAUCCCCGACCACCUCAAGAAUCUCCUCGUCGACGAUUGGGAGAAUGUUACCAAAUCCUUGCUCCUCGUUCCUCUCCCCAGCCAAGCCCCGGCGAACUUCAUCCUUGACGAGUACUUCAAUGAAGAGAAGACCAACAGACGUCUCGGUUCUGUCGAAGCAGAUAUCUUGGAAGAAUUCUGUGUUGGACUGAAGACUUACUUCGAGAAGGCAAUUGGAAAGAUCCUGCUUUACCGGUUCGAGCGCAGCCAAUUAAACGAUGUGCGCAAGCUGUGGGAAUCUGGCAAAUACAAGGAGUGGGAUGGCAAGGGCCCUGGUGACUGCUAUGGUGCUGAACAUCUCACUCGCAUGAUCGUCAAUCUUCCCGAAAUCAUUGCACAGACCAAUAUGGACGCAGAAUCGGUGUCCCGUCUGAAAUCGGAGCUCAGCAAAUUCAGUACCUGGCUGUCUAGAAACAGCGGACGAUUCUUCUGCGCCAAAUACGAGAAGCCCAGUGCCGAGUACAUCGAGAGUGCACGAUGA